ACUAUAUCUCCCAUCUGAUUUCAUUUCAGUCACUGUGAGGGCUUUACAGAGGUUUUAGGGUUCUAAACAUAUAAACACAGAUAGAUAGAGACACAAUGUCAGCUUCAAUCGCCGGAAGAACCACAAUUCUGCGCGCCUUUUGCAGAGCAGCAGCAACAACAACAACAACAACAACAACGCCAAGAAUUUCAAGAACCACAUGCCUUCCUUCCAUUCGCUCCAAUUCCGCGCCUCGUUGCCCCACUUCACGGCUGUUGCGAAGAGAAUUGAGCUCGCUUCAACCCCUCCACAGCUCCAUUGCUGCUGCUUGCCUCGUCUCCAGGCUCCCAAAUCUAGCUGCCUCCUCCUCUGAAGGUAGAUUUGUGAACUAUCUCAGUCCUAUCUAGGAGUGAGUGCUUGCAGAGAUCAGAGUUCUUUCGUUGUUCAUGAGUUUGCUGAUAAGUUCUUUCAGAAAAUCAGAAUGCCUGUCUUUCAAGGUUAACUGCUGAACAUGUUUGUUUAAAUUAUAUAGAAAAUCUUUGGCAUCA